AUGGAAUCUGUUAUUGGAGCAGUAACUCAAGAGGCCGGACUAGAAUAAGCUCACGAAUUUCUAAAGAAUAAAUUCAAUAUACUUGGUUACUCCUUGAGUGAGUAUGCAGAAAAUAGAAAUAAGCUGAUGAGCGAAUUCGACAAGAUCUCAAUAGACGCUAAUGAAAUAACCCAAAUCUUUAAGCUAGAAGAGAUAUUAAAUUACGAAUUCAAGUACAAAUAAAUAGCGAUUGUAGCUCUCACUCACAAAUCUUUGACCGAAAACAAAAAUUAAAAAGAUAAUCAAUCUAUUAAUCCAGAUAAUGACUAACUGAUUGAAACUAAAUAAAUAUAGAACUAUGAACGGCUUGAGUAUCUCGGUGAUGAGAUAUUAGGAUUACUAGUUACACAGUACUUUGUGGGAGUGACUAAAGACUAAAACUAAAAUUAGAAUCCAGAAAAAUUGCACAAAUUAAGAUCAUAAAUUGUCAACAACACUAUGCUAAGUCUUAUUACUAUUGAGACAAAUAUUUAUGAGUUCAUUCGAUUUGAUGAGCUAUAAGAAACAUAUAGAUCACAGAUUGAUAAUUUCGUUCAACUAGUAAAAGAAAAUCUCAAGAGAAAGGGUUCAUCAAAAUAAAAUGCAAUCAAAUUUAUUGGACUUAACGCAUACAAUUGCAGAAAAACUUAUGAGUCGGCUCUCACCUUAAAUUAUCAUAAGGAUGAAGAUACUGAUCUAAAGAAAUUGAUUCAAAAUAUUAAAUAGAAUGAUCAUGAAAUUACUUUGGAAUAAACUUAUGAUUUACUAGUAAAAAAUGAAGUUUUUCCAAUCGAUAUUGAAUAAUUGCAUGAGAGUAAUAUGAAAAUAUUUGGAGAUAUUUUUGAGAGCUUGAUAGCAGCUGUUUUUCUUGAUUCAGGCAGUUUAGAAAUAACAUAAAGAGUUCUGUUUAAAAUUCUUGAACCUUACUUGAUCAUUUAUGCCAAUAUUGAUCGGUAGAAAGACAAUAAGAGAGCUUAGCUCCAAGACCUAUGGAACAAAACAAAAUACUUCAAGCAGUUAAAGUUUGAAAUGACAUAAGAAAAUACAAAGGACUACAUAAUUUACUCUGGAUGGAUAAUGACGACAGAAGUGAUGAAAUUGAAAUUUGAUGCUAUUGUUAAAAGUAAAGUCCGCAAAUUCUACUCAAAAUUUUACUAAUUUGUUUAAGAAAGCAUAGAAUAAUUCGAAAAAAUUGCUGAAGAUCUAACUUACUUCAACUAUUUGAUAUUUGUAAAGAAAUUUAGAGUGCAAUGGGCUUAAAAUUAAACUAGUGAUUCAUGA